AUGCACAUCAAGUGUCUCGUCCUCUCGACGCUGGCCGCCUCGGCGCUCGCGUCGCAUGCCGCACAUGCCGAUGUUCCUCUUGAACGCCGUGGCUUGCACCACCGUGCCGCUGAUGCGUUGAAGAAGCGUGAGUUAGCCUUUUUUACUCGCUCAUGUUACGCUGCUACCUUCUCGCGAAGUCUUAUCCCCUGAUGCCUGCGCGACGGUCUGCGAAUCACAUCGAGAUGCUCGCGUUUCGGCGCGUUGUCGGCAGCGUUCGGAGCCCGCGUUACUGUUGAUAAAGUACUGAACCUGCUGCUUGCUGCCAUGUCACAGGUGCUGCUGCUGUCCCGGGAGUCUGUAAGUUGGUUUCCAUUGCUUUAUUCUCCCGGCACCAAGGCUGCAUCGAGCUCUACACACCCUCAAGAAGCGACACCAUUUUGGGGGCUGCUUGAUUGCGGAGCUCGACGACGCGCGCCGCGCGCCGCGGUCGCUCAACAUUUUUUUGGGCUGCCUUCAUGCAUGACGCGUGCUAAUGCUUGGCUCCAUGCAUUCGCUUGGCCCAAUGAUGCCCUCUACGUCAUCCGGUGCUUCACACAGACAUGCUCUCCAUCGAUGACAAAACUCCAACUGUCGAUGACAACCCUGCGGCGUCCGUCACUGAAACGGUCGCGGACUCCGAGGUGUACUCGUCGACAGCGAUCUGGUACCCGAGCGAUGGCCAGGAGGGAGCGUGCGGGGUCAAAUACAGGUCAGUCGGAUUCUCCGUUUCAUCCCCGCAAGACAGUCUGCCGUGUUUAAUUUCAAUGUUCACUAACACGGGCUUGAAAUGAUCUCUGCAGUGACUACGACUACGUUGUCGGCUUGUCGACGGCCCUCUGGCGCCACCCCGGCCGCGUUUCUACUCUCUGCGGUCAGAAGGUGCAGGUCAGCAUGCGUGGCAGGAGGUAAGGUUACCAUGGGUCCGCUCUAAGGAUGCGUUUAAACAUUUCUGACGAUGUUGCACAACUCCGUCAACCCCACAUCAGCGUCGUGGCCCUUGUCGGCGACGCUUCGGGAAACAAUUACACCACGCUUUCCAAGGCGGCAUACGGUCAGCUUCAGAACCUCACCACGGGAAUGAUCGACAUCACCUUCGUCUUGCUGCCCAACAACACACGCCUCCACACCCCUGCGAUUCAGAGCCCGACGGCCUCCCCGACCGCUUCCCCAACUCAGACGCCCAACGCCGGCGCUGUUCGCUCUUCCGUGGCCAACGCUCGCCUCUCGUCUCGCUCUGCUUUGGCCGCGUCGCUGUUAGCCUCAGCGGAUGCUGCAGCUUCCAAAGCGUCAGCGCAAGGAGCGAGUAUCACGGCGGCUUCCAAGGCGUCGGCCAAGGCGUCGGCCAAGGCGUCGGCCAAGGCGUCGGCCAAGGCGUCGGCCAAGGCGGCCUCCGUUGCUGCUGCCUCUGCGUCCGAGUCCGCUGCCGAAGCCUCGGCCUCUGUAUCUGCCGCCGCCGCCGCCGCAAAGGCCUCCGCAUCUGCCGCCGCCGCGAAGGCCUCCGCCAAAGCCGCUAAGGCCAAGGCUGAUGCUGUUGAAGCCGAGCAAGAGGCAGAAGAUGAAGCAAAGGCCAAAGCCGCGGCCGCUGCCGCUGCCAAAGCCAAGGCCGACGCGGAGAAAAACAACGACGACGGCGACGAUGACGAUGGUGAUGACAAUGGAAGCAGCAGUGGUGGUGGUGGAAGUGGUGAGAUCCACAAGGGUGGUUUCGCUACGUUCUACUCGCAGAACGGUGUUACCGGUAACUGCGGAUCCGUAGCGCAGGACUCGGACAAGGUUAUUGCCUUGCCCACCGCGAUGUACUCGGGAGGCUCGCACUGUGGCCAAAAAAUUGUCGUCACCCGCGUCUCGAACGGAGCCCAGGUUACCGCGACCGUCCGUGACUCGUGCCCUGUAAGUUGCUUUCCUGAAUAUACGGGUUGCGGCACGAAUAAAGCUUCUUUGACUGACCUGGUCACGCCUACUAGACCUGCGUCAACAACGAGUGCCUCGAUCUCUCGGUGGGAGCCUUCUCCAAGAUCGCGACCGAGGAGGAAGGCAUGGUUGCCAUCACAUGGCAAUGGGCUUAA